AUGACUUGCAGUAGCCUUGAUCCUGAAUCCGGAAAAUCCAAACGUUUGCCAAACGAAGUAAGUGUGUUUUGGCAACAAUAUCCUUGGGUUUUGGGCGAAGGUCUAUGCAAAAUAAGAGCCUACGUAUCCGAAAUGUCAUCUUAUGUAUCUGUGUUAACGAUAGUGGCAUUUUCUUUGGAACGAUAUUUGGCCAUUUGUCAUCCCUUACAAGUAAACGCGAUGAGUGGACUAAAACGCCCAAUUCGAUUCAUUUUUGGUGCCUGGUCGAUAGCCAUGAUCUCAGCAAUACCGUUUGCUAUUUAUACAAAAGUAAAUUAUGUAAUAUACCCUCCAGACUCUGGAAUUAAAUCGAAAAACUCAGCUUUUUGUGCAAUGCUUCUACCCGAUAUGCCUGAAUUUCCUCUUUACGAAAUGAGCUGCCUAGUGUUCUUCUUCAUACCAAUGAUUAUCAUUUUCAUUUUGUACGUGAGAAUGGGUUUGAAAAUUCAGAAUAGUACAGGGAGGUUCCUGGAACCCAGUGUACACCAAAAUUCUAUUCACACUGAAUCGAAACAGGUUCAAUCUAGAAGGAGCAUCAUUAAAAUGCUGAGCGCAGUCGUGAUAAUGUUUUUUAUUUGUUGGGCACCAUUUCAUACGCAAAGAAUCUUUUAUGUUUAUGGUUCAAAUGCAGAUUACUAUCCGGACUUGAACGAAUUUUUGUACAUAUUCAGUGGUUUUCUCUACUAUUUCAGUACCACUGUCAAUCCUAUUCUAUAUAAUGUAAUGAGUUCACGGUACAGGAAAGCUUUUAAAGAAACUCUUUAUUGCUCUUCAGCCUGCGAGAAAAAUGGGGCUUCCAAUAACGUUUCUAGAUUAAAUUCCAACUCCGAGAGACGUUCAUCUAACUUCCGAUCAUCUAUCAGAUAUACAAUCGACCAGGCAAAGGAAAUGUUUCGUUUAAAUAUGGAUGGAGAUGGAGAAGUCAAACGACGGGAAAAUGAUUUAUUACAUCCAGAUGAUCCUAAAGCCCAGGCUCUCCUUAGCAGUAAGCAUUCUUCAUUGAGAAUGCAAUCGAGUAAUGCAAGCUCCACUUCUCAAAAUCGAUUUGCAGAAUCUUUAUCAACUGCCAGCAGUAUUCUGUGAUGGAAUUAACUAUUUUUUAAAUUAAUUUUUCAUGUGUAUUUUAGAAAGAACUUUGCAGCUUCGUAUGAGUAAUUUUAACUUUUUGAUUAAUUGAUAACUAUUUUACAUGUACAUACCAAAUUGUUU